AUGAAUGUUCCGGACCUGGACCUCAUUGGAAGCUCAAUACGUGUUCCCGCCCGACCUCAUCACCAUCUCACAACGUUCUGUCUAUCUGGUGCAGUGCAAGGCAUUGACUCUUCUGUUCUCCUUUGUUUUAUUAUCAACAAAUCUUUCUGUUCCAUCUGUGCUGCUACUGCCGGUCUGUGGCUUGAAUCAGUUGUCUUAUAG